CUCCUUAUAUAUCUGCAGUAUAAUAGGUACUACUGACCAAGAUGGAUAAACUCCCAAGUUCAGUGGACAUCGUUCCCAAUAUCUGCAUGGACUUCCUGAUGAAUUUGUGCGAGAGAAAAAGGGACACAUGUUCUGAAGUCCACGCCAAGUUCCCUUUUCUGUGGCAAUUUAAGUUGAAGCAACAGUGGCACAACUUUCCUGAGAACCACUGUAAGGAACUUGAAUUGAAGUUCAGAGUUCCUAAGUCCGACGGUGUACAGCUAACUGCGGUCGAUCUAUCGAACAGCGGAGAAAAUUUCAGUAUCAUUGAGAACUGGUAUGCAAAUUUUGACACAAUGGCAAUGGUCAAUGAGAACCAACGACUUGAGAUAAGACGUUUGUCGACCGAGUCAAGUGCCGUAAUGAAAAGCAAGUUCAGUACCGAUUUUGAGUGGUUCUUCAGAGACGAAAAAAGUCGGUGGAUACCUUACAGGCAACCUGCUGGUAGAUCAAAAGGGAAGAACACAUUAGGUCUUCUUAAGUUUAACGCGGUGACGUCAUCAGACGACAUCGAAAAACAAUUCUCGGUUAACGGCCUAAAAAUCUGGAAAACUCGUAAUGGCUCACACACGUACGACUUUGAUUUUGUAAAAAUGAGGCAAUCGGACUUAGGAAAUCCUAGUAUAUUCCAGUUCACGAAGAGGCCUCUUGAGACCUGGCCAAUGAGACGUCGUCCGAAAGCUGGGAAACUAAAUCCCGGUUCAGGCCCCGCUGAAGACUACACUUCGCAACCAGUCCCAGGAAAUUCCGUUACCAGGAGCUUCAAGUGGCAGUUCAUGGAUGAACAGAAAAACUGGAUCGAUUUUGACCAAGCCAGUUCAGUCAGCCGUAAUUGGACAGUAUCUAGUAAGCCUGUGGACAUUGAAAAUGAGUUCGCUAAAAAUCCAAACUCCGUAAUUGAAAUCCAAAUUAACUCGAAUCGCUACAGCCUCGAUUUUAAGGCGAUGAAGCAAACAAACUUGCGAACCCGAAAUACCAGGGAUGUACGGAGGGUUUUGGAGGAGCCUGCGCCCAGCGUCGGUUCGGUGAAGAAGAUACCCAGCGUCGAAUACGAAUGGUUUUUCCGCGAUAAAAACAACCAAUGGAAAAAGUAUGGCCAAAUCAGUUCUGAACAUGAUGCAAAAUAUGCUACUUCCCAAGGAUCUGACGACAUCGAAAAACAUUUCCAAACCCAGCCUGAGCAGGUGAUGAUCGUACAAAGCAACUUACAUACCUACGAGUUGAACCUGUCGACCAUGACACAAACCAACGUGAAAACGCAAGGAAAGCGAGCCAUGAGUCGAAGAACCAAGAAUUGUGUUAGUAACAUCGGGAGUGAUGUAGUGUCAACGCAAUACGUGUACAAAUGGUACUUCAAAGAGAACUACUUCUACUAUAGUUCAUGGGUAAAAUUCGACGAAAAAGACAUCUAUACCAUCGAAGAACAUUACCUGUCCAAACCCACAACCAACAUCAACUUCAUAGCCGGAAACCAGUCGUACGUUUUAGAUUUCACCGCCAUGACACAAACCAACACCGCGACUGGCAGUGUGAGAGAGGUGUGUAGGCGGCAUCAGCUCGUAUCCAUGACAAGUUACGGCUCUGGUUCACCUUCUUCCUACGCAUCAAACAAGAUUUUCACUGAAUUUCCCUCUGAAAAAACUUCUUUUGGAACCCCUCUUGAGGUAAACCAAACGGAGUACAUGACAAUUCUAGCACUGCUCAGGUCCACCUCACUAGAUUGUAAGCCCAGCAACAUCUUUGAAGUCAACAACCCGUACCUAAAAGCAGCCUUUGAAAUCAAGAAGGCUCAACUACAGAAACUAAACCCGAGUAUAUCUUACGAGGAAAAAUGUCUUUUUCACGGGACAAGCACUUCUAACAUCAAGGCCAUUCGGGAAGAAAACCUCGACUGGAGACUGCAUGGAUCAAAUAAAGGACAAGCAUUGGGCAGAGGAACUUAUUUCUCCAGUAGCGCGAAAUUGUCUCGGAAAUACGGUGAUGUCAUCUUCGUCUGCAAGGUUCUGGUGGGGCGUACUGCACUCGGCAACUCCGGCACCGUCAAACCUGCGAAAGACAAAUACAACCUCCCUGUUGACACGACGGUUGAUCGGAUAGAGAACCCGAAUAUAUUUGUCAAGUACGAUUCUCAGGAGUACUACCCUGAGUACUACGCGCUGUGUUGAGGAAC